GGACCGAUGGAUUAAGCGCCAUUCGUAGGACGAGCGCGAUCGGCCCAAUUGCUGGCCGGCCGGCCGUUCCUAAACAUUUACCAAUUUACAAAGACCAUCUGCGAAGGGGCUCAUCGAUAGAACGAAGCUUCCUGUUCACCCGGGCCAUCCAUCAAUAUAAGCACAUCCAGGCUCCACCGAUGCAGCAACCAACACUCCAGCAAAUACGUACAGACACAUAGAUCAAACAAAGUGAAACCCCAAUGGCCUCCAGUUUGCUCAUAAUCAUACUCCCGGGUGCCACUAUAGCUCUUGGUGCUACUGCUUUUUGCUUCUACUCUUGGUGCCUAUCAAUCGGAAAGAAACUUGAGAAAGGCAAGGUCGAAGCUUCUAUUGAUCUGGAAGACCCGGUAAGCCAUCAGUUAAUCUCUCAUGUAGAUCUUGUCCGCGCCACAGAUAAUUUUAGUGAGGAUCACAUGUUGGGAUCUGGGGGCUUUGGAAAAGUUUUUAAAGGCCAACUGAGCAGCGGUUUGGUGGUUGCAAUAAAGGUUCUUGAUAUGCGGUCCAAGCACAGCGUCAAGAGCUUUGACGCAGAAUGUCGUGUGUUCCGCAUGGCGCGUCACCGCAACCUAAUACGGGUAAUUAACACAUGCUCUAACAUGGACUUCAUAGCACUAGUGUUGCAGUACAUGCCCAACGGCAGCUUAGACAUGCUACUUCACCACUCAGAAGAUGGGGGAAGACAAUUCGGGUUUCAUGAAAGGUUAGCCGCUCUGCUCGACGUAUCAAUGGCAAUGGAGUAUUUGCACCAUGGAUACCAUGAAGUGGUUUUGCAUUGCGACUUGAAGCCUAGCAAUGUAUUGUUUGAUGAGGACAUGACUGCACAUGUGGCAGACUUUGGCAUUGCAAGGUUACUACAAUGUGAGGAUAGCUCAACGAUCUCUUCAAACAUGCCGGGUACAAUUGGAUACAUGUCACCAGAGUAUGGAUCAUAUGGAAAAGCAUCACGACUGAGUGAUGUGUUUAGCUACGGAAUAAUGCUCCUUGAAGUUUUUACUGGAAGGAAGCCUACAGAUGCUAUGUUCGUCGGAGAAUUAAGCCUCAGGCGAUGGGUUUACCAGUCAUUUCCUGCAAAGCUGAGCCAUGUCGUUGAUGCCCGGCUACUGCAAGGCUCCUCUUCAAGUUGCAACUUGCAUGGCGACUUUCUUCUGCCGGUAUUGGAAGUUGGUUUGCUCUGCUCCAACGACUCACCUUGCGAUAGGAUAAAGAUGAGCGAUGUGGUCGUUAUGCUAAAAAGGAUUCAAAUGAAGUACACUGCAUGGACAACGGAGACAUCACAGAGUGCAACAUCAUGAUUGAUCACUCUUGCUUCGAUAUAUUAAUGUAUAUCCUUUUAGAAAAUGGAACAUUGUAUUACCCGUUGUCUUA